AUGGACCUAACAGCAGAGUCAGCUCAACUUGUAAAAACCUUGCUGGACGCUUCUCCCACGGAGAAGCUGGAGAUGGAGAACAUCCACUGGGCUGCUUGCAAAGACUUCACAGUGGAAGUCGGGGAAAAGCAGAUUGGUGCGUAUAUUCAAACGUGGGAGCUCCCCUCUUGCUGGCUGUACAGCGUAGACUUUCUCCGCUCGACCGAGGAGGAGCACCGGACCUUCCACCACUACCAGGCCCGCUUCAGCACCCCUACUCCGAGGAAGCCUAUCUGUGUAACAGCUAGCGUCUACUUCGUCGUGGAUGUAUCGAAAGUUAAACCGCAAACUCUCCCAGUGGAGGUCCGCUUCAUAGUGGAGUCAAACAGACUGGUGCACACACCAGGGAGGACCAGGUUUAAAGAGAAGUGGCUGACGGACGUUAUAGAGAGCAAGAUUUCGCUCCGGAGAGUGGUAGACCUUUGA